GUGGAUGAUCUCAUCUUGAUCUCUGAUAAAGCUUACACUAGAAGAGAAGUACUGGAUAUGGAGAAGCUAAUGGCCAACACCUUGCAAUUCAAUUUCUCUUUGCCUACUCCGUAUGUGUUCAUGAGACGGUUCCUCAAAGCUGCUCAAUCUGACAAAAAGGUAGCUUCAAUCUUUUUUUUUUUUUGCAAGGAAGCUAUCUCUAGCAUUUUGUAUCUAAAGUUGUGUGAUGUGAAAUUGUGGUUUCAGCUGCACUGUGUUUGCCUAUGGACAGACUGGAACUGGGAAGACUUACACCAUGGAAGGCGGCAUGCCUAAAAUGGUAUAUCAUUUUUCUUGUGACUUGAUUCAUUUAUGUUGUUGUUGUUGUCUAGGGAGGGGAUUUACCUGCGGAGGCUGGAGUGAUUCCAAGAGCUGUUCGUCACAUUUUCGAAACUCUCGAGUCCCAAAAAGCUGACUACAGUAUGAAAGUCACAUUCUUGGAGCUGUACAACGAAGAAGUCACAGACCUGUUAGCUCAAGAAGACUCUUCAAGAUCUUCUUCUGACGAUAAGCAGAAGAAGCCUGUUUCUCUGAUGGAAGACGAGAAAGGCUAUGUGGUUCUACGCGGUCUCGAGGAAGAAGUUGUGUACAGUGCUAACGAUAUAUACGCUCUUCAACGAGGCUCAUCAAAAAGACUCACGGCGGAUACGUUGUUGAAUAAAAGAAGCAGCCGCUCUAGCGGGCUCCGAGAAUAUUUUGCGGUCAGGAAGAGUCUAUGGGAGAUGAGGAGUUGAUCAAAUGUGGGAAGCUUAACCUUGUGGAUCUAGCGGGCUCCGAGAAUAUUUUGCGGUCAGGGUCGAGGGAUGGUAGGGCGAGAGAAGCUGGGGAGAUUAAGAAGAGCUUGCUUACGCUGGGGCGUGUGAUUAAUGCGCUUGUGGAACAUUCUUCCCAUAUACCUUACAGGGAUAGUGAGCUGACAAGGCUUUUACGAGACUCUCUAGGAGGGAAGACAAAGACUUGUAUCAUUGCUACAAUCUCACCAUCUGCUCAUUCCUUGGAAGAAACUUUAAGCACUUUGGAUUAUGCCUAUCGUGCCAAGAACAUUAAGAACAAACCUGAGGCAAACCAGAAGUUAUCUAAAGAUUUGUUGCUUAAAGACCUUUACUUGGAGCUUGAGAGAAUGAAAGAAGGUUUACACAUUACUUUCUCAUGUAUAUCAUCAGAUGUAGAUUUGUUAUAACUGCUGUAAAAUGGAUGCAGAUGUAAUAGCGGCAAGGGAUAGAAAAGGUUUACACACAUUACUUUCUCAUGUAUAUCAUCAGAUGAGCUAGUAGAUUUCCAAUACUGCUUCAACCAUUUUCAGUAACAUCUACAACCAAGCUCACACCAACAACUUGCAAUUCAAUUUCUCUUUGCCUAUGUAUAUUGCCUAUGUAUGCUUUUCUUUCAUGUUAUGAAAUCCAAUAAUUCAACUUACAAAAAAAAAAAAAACUUUUAAGAAACUCCCAUUGGACGAUGAGAAAUUAAUUACACUAACAAGAGUUCUAAACUUUUCAAAUCACAAAAUUAAUUACUAAUUUAUUCAUUAGAGUCCAUACGGGUCUCUAACCAAUGGACUUGCUCUAAUGUCCCACAUCGGUAAGAUAGAGAUGCAUUGGUUAUAAACUUCACAUAUAAAAAGGAAUCUGAGCCUUUGUUGCAAAUCAUACCUUUCUCGACCUUUUGGCUGAGAUCAAGUGUAGUAUCUUUUCUUAUCAGUUAAUAUCUGAUAUGUGGGCCACUGGUACGCUUGAUAUUAACUUUAUUAUUUUUGGGAAAAAGUCCACUACACUAAGAUGGGCUUUCAAGAGUUGCCCAUGCGUUGCACCACUGCACGCCUUGGCUCAACCCACCAAACAAAGUUUAACUCUUAACUGAUAACUUUUGUCAAUUGGUGUGUGGAAGUGAUACAAAGAUAGACAAAUCCACUAAGCUUUGUAGAAGUUGUAGUUCUUGAGAAGGCAGUAACAUUCCCAAACUUGAACUGUUGCAAUGUACUCACAAACUAAGACCGGAUUUUCAAAUUCAAAAUAGCAUCCUAACAAUUUGAGGAAGUUCCAAAUUUUAGCAAAAAAAAAAAAAAAAAAACAAUUUGAGGAAGUUCUUAUUACCACUCAUUGAUGACUGCUGUAAGGAUUUUAAUGAAUAUGCUCUUAGAGAAAAACCCGUAUACAGCGUCUGAAGUGGCAAUAAACUCUUUUAACUAAAGUCUCACACAGAGAAACCGAUAAGUAGCAAAAGAGAUGGAAAACCAUUGGAAGAGAAAGAAUGAACCCACUUGAAUAUUUCAGGACUGUUUUGUAUGAACUCAAUGGAACCAGCGUCAAAUCCUUGAACAACCUAGUUCAUCCUGUUUCUGCGUUUGAAAAACUUUUGUGAAGUUUCCAUCGUUCUUCUAGGUUUGUGAAGCUUCUGUAACUAAUGGGAAAGAAAAAGGCAUUGGAAAUAAAAUAAAAAAAAGGAUAUUUCUAAGAGUCCCACAUCGUAAGACAGAAAGUCAUUAGUCAUAAACUUGACGCUAUAAAAAGAAAGCCGGAACUCCACUAAGAAAUCGUACAUUUUCCAGGUUUUUGACUAAGAUCAAGUGUAACAUUUGUUCUUUGUCUUGUUAUCAAGCAAUCCAUCUUAUGAUCAACACAUGAGUACCCAAAAAAAGAAAAACUUUUUUCAUUUUUUGUUGGCAUCUUUUUAUCGAAAGCCGCAAAUGGGCCAGAAAAAUACAACGAAAUACAAGCUUUCGAUACAUAUCUUAUACAAUUUAAGCCCAUUAACCUACGAAGCCCACAAACCAAUGGAUAAGGAUGGACGAGAAGUAACACGUGUCUUCCUUCCUUCUAGCCUCUUCUCAGAUAUCUGAUAUCGGACGCCACCGACAUGAGCAAACAACCACUUUGUGUCACUGUCCAGAAGCGUUCAAGCUUGGCUUUCGUUGGUCACCUUCUGUUAAUCACCAAGUGAGAUGAACGGAUUGACCAGCUGCAGCGUCGGAUUAAUUUAUCCCACAAGCCAUUCGCGUCGGUCAUUCCUCUAAGCUCCGUCAAAACACGACCAGAUGCUCUGAGUCUUCAUGAACGGAAACGAAUAACCCUAAUCACUUGAAGAAACAAUCAGAGAAAAACUUUUGCUCUUAGUCGAUCUUAACAAAGCGAGCAGAGAUUUACUUUCCCGUGACUGAAAUUCAAGCAAUUCCGAAGAGACAUAGAUCCUAACAUCACACUGGAAUGAUUUCCAAAAACUAAUCGGAAAAGAAUUAAGGGCUUAGAAGGUUGUAACAAAAGAUAAGCCGAUAUUUCAGAAGAAAACCGAAACAAGUCGAAGAUUAAA